GGGGCCAGGAGGGGGUUAAAGCUAACCCCUCCUCCUCCCGUCUGACAUCACUGGAAGAGGGUGAGAGGCUGGGAGCUCUGUGUGUGAGAAAGAGAGAGUGUGUGUUCGUGCUGGAUGUGGUCUACAUUGUUGCAGCUCGAGGGAGGAAGGCGGAGAGGGAAAGACGGAGAGGGAAGGAAGGGGUCUCUCUCCUUUCGGAUGCUGCGAGAAGCCCUCGAGGUAGCCCAGUCACCUCGCAGCGCUGUAGGAUCCUGGGCCCCGGAGCCCGCCUGGAGCCCACACUCGGAGGACCCCGGCCAGCCAUGGAUGCCUGCAACUUGGAGCGAACGGGGACUGUUUGAUUGAUUGUGCCGAGCAACCCCCGCCUUCGCUCCCAGAGACCCCGAAGAUCAGGGGGCAGCCUGCACUUGGGCUCCGGGAGCCAGAGAAACCCAAAGCUGCGCGGGGCGGGGGGGAGGGGGUUCCCUCCUGCCCCAGCCGGGGGCUGCGUGGAAGAGAAGGGAGAGAAGGGCGGGGAGGGGCGGAAGAGGGAAAGGAGAAGACGGGGCAUGACUCGUUUAACUUGCGGCGGGCAUCUGCCGAGGCUCUGAGCCGGCUGCCCUGGGGGGCUGGUUUGUGCCUGCGACCUGGGCAGCCCCGCUGUAUCCGAUCCCGAGUUGACAUACUGCAGAGAGUUGACCUGGAUACUCGGAGUGCCAGCAACCCAAUAUCGAUCCCUGCUCGUCUUUGGGGAUCGUUUCGGGAGAGGUAGGAGAACUCUCCUCGGACCCCCUCUCCCAGGACCUACAGCCCCCCAAUGGCUCGGAUGGGGCAUGCGGUCGUCUCUGGCUGUCGGUGGGCUUUCGCUCUUAGCCUGGCCACUCUCUUCCUCCCAGGUCUGCAGGCCCAAGUGGUCCAGGUGAACGACACUGUAUCAGGCUUCAUCGGCACAGAUGUGGUGCUCCACUGUAGCUUUUCUAACCCCCUACCCACGGUGAGGAUCACCCAGAUGACAUGGCAAAAAGCCACCAAUGGCACCAAGCAGAAUGUGGCCAUCUACAAUCCAAAUAUGGGAGUCUCGGUGCUGGCUCCCUACCGAGAGCGCGUGACCUUUCUCCAGCCAUCCUUCACUGAUGGUACCAUCCGUCUCUCCCGUCUCCAGUUGGAGGAUGAGGGUGUCUACAUCUGCGAGUUUGCUACUUUCCCCACAGGGAACAGGGAGAGCCAGCUCAACCUCACUGUUCUAGCCAAACCAACAAACUGGAUGGAAGGGACAAAGAAAACCCUGACAGCCAGGACUGGCCAGACAGAAAAGGUCCUGGUGGCCACUUGUACCUCAGCCAAUGGGAAACCACCCAGUACUGUUUCAUGGGACACCCGGCUGAAGGGUGAAGCUGAAUUCCAGGAGAUCCGGCACCCCAAUGGCACAGUGACAGUUAUCAGCCGAUACCGCCUAGUGCCCAGUCGAGAAGCCCAUCGGCAGCCCCUGGCUUGUGUUGUCAACUACCAACUCGACCGGUUCAGUGAGAGUGUCACCCUCAAUGUGCAGUAUGAACCUGAGGUGACCAUUGAGGGCUUUGAUGGAAACUGGUACCUGAAACGAAUGGAUGUGAAACUCACUUGCCAGUGUGAUGCCAACCCUCCAGUCACCCACUACCAAUGGAAACUGUUGAAUGGCACUCUCCCCUCAAGUAUGGACACCCAAAACAAGACCCUGUUCUUCAAGGGGCCUGUGACCUAUAGUUUGUCUGGGACCUACAUAUGUGAAGCUACCAAUCCCAUUGGCACACGUUCAGGCAUGGUAGAGGUCAAUAUCACAGAGUUUCCCUACACCCCGUCUCCAACCGAACACGACAAGCGAUCUGGGUCCAGCGUCCCCACGCCCAUCAUUGGGGGCGUGGUGGGGGGCAUCAUCCUGGUGCUGUUUGUGGCGUUGGUGCUUGUGGUCUACUUCCGCCGGCGCCGACACACCUUCAAGGGGGACUACAGUACCAAGAAGCAUGUCUACGGCAAUGGCUAUAGCAAGGCGGGCAUUCCACAACACCACCCACCCAUGGCCCAGAACCUCCAGUACCCCGACGACUCAGAUGAUGAGAAGAAGGCUGGCCCACUGGGGGGGAGCAGCUAUGAGGAAGAAGAGGAGGAAGUGGGUGGGGGUGAGAGGAAGGUCGGGCCCCCACACCCCAAGUUUGAUGAGGACGUCAAGCGACCCUACUUUACCGUGGACGAGGCUGAGGCUCGAUCUGACGGUUAUGGGGACCGGACUCUUGGCUAUCAGUAUGACCCUGAGCAGCUGGACUUGGCUGAGAACAUGGUUUCUCAGAAUGACGGGUCUUUCAUUUCCAAGAAAGAGUGGUACGUGUAGCCCCGCCUCUAUGCCCGCUCCCUUCCCCCCUCACCCGCACGACCCCAGCCCCCGAGUCCCCGAGGAGCUCAACAGAGACUCAAGUGCCCCACCCUGAAGCCCCUCCUAUACUCUCAAGGUACAUGGGGGGAAGAAUCAAGCUGGGGCAGGGGGCUACUUUAUUUUUUAACUCUUUCCUGGAUGACUGCCUUCCACUCCCUACCCCCUCCUUCACCCCUUACUCCCACUUCCUGUGGUGUUGUGUUCGACUGUGGCUUUGGUGUUCCUGUACUUUCUUUUGACUACUAUCUGCCCCGUGUAUAUGGAGCCUGUUCAUGUCUUGUUGUCUGGGAUAUGAGGGGGCAAUGGUACCCAGCCAUUUCCCUUAUCCCCUGUCCCCAAACACUGGAAUUUGUUUAUAUGUUGUCCUCAUUUUUUUUUUCUUUAUAGAGGGGGAGGGCUCCCCUGGAAGAAGCCCAUCCCACCUCUCCUUCCCCAAUGCUAUUCCCUUUUCCUAGGAUGGGUGAACCUAGGACCACCUUCCUCUUUCAACCUACCAUGAUUUAGCUAGAGAGAAUGGAUGAUUGUAGACCACCCUGACUCAUCCAGAUGGGAGGGAUGAAGGAUUAGAGGAAGCAAAGUGAUGGGAUAGGACAGUUGCCUCCAAGGAUACCAUUUAAAUAAGAAAAAUAUGGGUUGUUGACUGAUAAUGUAACGCCUGCACUGGUCACAGUAUAUUUUGCAUUUUUUUUCCUCAUUGCCUAACAAAAGGUUAGGUUAGCCAUGAUUUGAUUGCUCUCUUAGACUCCAGCGCAUGCGCGCGCGUGCGCGCACACACACACACACACACACACACACACACACACACAAAAUAUAUGCCUACCAUUGUGAUUUCUUCUCUGGCCUUUACAGGAGCACCAUAUCUAUUACCCUCAGCUAUGAGCUUCACUCCAGGUGGACACUGCCCAGGGUAUGGCCACUUCUCUUCCUUACCCCCAAUUCAGGGUAUCUUCCCCCAGAAAACUGGGGAUCAUCCCCAGCUGAGUGAGUUGGGGAAAGAAGCCUCUCAAAGAAAAACUAAGAUCUGAACAUGAUCAGAUCAGAUAAAACCCUAAUAUGGGGCCACCUGUCUAGACCAGCCUACACUCGAAUUCCAAGACCUUUGUGUCUUAGUCCCAGCCCAUCCUACUGUCUAAGGUGCUGAUAGUUUCUUGGUUUUCUCUCUUUCUGUCCCCAUACACAGCCAAACCCAACUUUGCUCCCCAGAUCUUCAGAGGAGGUGGCCCUAGGGGCUUUCAAUAUAGAAUGAAAUUAUGUAGGGAUUUAAAGGUGAAGAAAUGCUGUGUGUGUGUGUGUGUGUGUGUGUGUGUGUGUGUGUGUGUGUGUAGGGAGAGGAAAGAAGAGUUGGUAAAAAACUCUUACAUAGGGCACUGUAUAAAACUCUGAAGAGCACAGAUUGAUGUUAUACCAUAUGCGAGUCAAUACUAAUGAAGUAACAACGUUUAAUAAAAAGGGGAAGGGGGGCAGAUGGAUUCCUGAGUUCAAGCCGUGGAGAGUUUCUCUUCUGUUGUUUACCACCUCCACUGUCCUUCCUGCCCUCAGAUUUCAUGGUGUUCUUCUACCAAAGGAGGACUAUGGAGAAGGCAUCCAGAUUAAUGCGCAGCCCCCCUUGGUCCCUGGCUCCCUGGUUUCCCUACCUGUAAAUGGAAAGAAAGAAAGGGUUCAGCACAGAGGGAAUUCUCUCCUUCCUCUGCCUCCCCUCCAAGUUCAAAGUGCCUCAAUCCCCUCAGCCCUCAGAGGGAAGGGGGACUUCUCAGCAGCCUUCCCUCUCCCUAAGCCCAGUGUCCUGUCCCUAAAUUUGGAGUGAUGAGCAUGGGAAGAGAAAAUUCAAGAGGGACUUGACUCUUCCCCCUUUGCUUCUGACAGUGAAGUCCCUUUCCACAAAGAGCACCAGAGACAGGUGUCAGGGAGAGAGGAUUGAAAAUGCUGUCUGACCAACAAUUCCCACUCCUACUCAGAGUUCUGGGUCCCACUUGAUCCAACUAAGGGCCAUAACUAGAGAGAGAGAGUGGUUCUAUGGAAUGAUAGGCAAUUGUUUGGGGUGGGGGAGGCAUCCUGGAGAGCAUGCAUUCAGGCAACCUCUUACCAUUUGCUUAUUUCCCCUAUACCAGAUGCCACUGUAGAGACCUAGGCAACCUAUAACUGGGCCUUAGUUUCCUCACUUGUAAAAACUAGAUGAAUUCUUCUUGCUCUAAACCUUAGGGUCCUAUGAUACUACCCAGAAAGCCAUCCUCUCACCCAGGUGCUGCUACUUUACAGAGACUUCCUUCACCCUCUUUGCCCUGGUCCUGCUCUCAUCCCACCAUCUCUGAACAUGGGUGAGUUUUCCAGCCAACUUCUGACCCCCUCAACCUGCCUGCAGGUACUUGAGCAGUGAUCCUAACCCAAAGCCUUUGACCACUAGAACCCUAUCCUAACCCUCCUAGUGGGCAGCCCAGUAGCCAUGUAGCAGAAGUCUCAAGCCAUGCUGACCCCAUGGCUGGCCCUUCCUUCUCUUGCAAGUCUGGUAUGGGGAAGAUGGGUCAGGGCAAUCCUGAGACCUCUUCAACCAUGGCAGGGUCAGGAACAGCCCUGGGACUGGACCCAGGGAGUCCAACCCAGAUGCUAUCUCCCUCAGCAGUAUUAGUACUCUCUUUUUCCUCCUCCCCACUCCCAAAGAGCAGGGGAUUCCUUCUUUAUUAUACCCUGUCACCCUUGGCCCACCUCAACUUUGCAUCCUCUUCAGCGACCAACUGCUUUGUCUGUUUGUUCUAUCCAGAAAGGAGCCAAGGCCUGCUAAAACUGUUCCUUUUUUCCUUAAUUCCUCCACCCCAGUCUGUUCUCAGUCCUGUUCUCCCAAUCUGGCACCUUCUGGAAUCCUAGAGUCAAAUGGCUCUCCCUGCUCUUUCUACCCACUGGUAAACAGUGUCCAACCAAACCCUAGUGUUUCUCUCCUUUUUUCUUUCCUUUCCCCCUCCCAAAGCAAAGCACAAAGAGCACAGCACAUAAGGGAUGUGUCAAGGCAUUCCCCUCUCCCGGACCCAGCAGCUGUUCCCCAGGUAGCCCACCAUUACAGCCUUCAAGAGGACCAAGGACACUGGGGUGGCCAUCUCCUCAAGUCCUUUUUGACCCUCCAUUGCCAGGAACUCCCUGGGUAGACAUGAAGAUUGGCAUCAUUUCUUUGUUCUCAGAUGGAUGAGGACCAGGCAGGGUGCUAGGGUUGGACAAGCGGAAGAGGGUCCCAGCCCCCCUUAUGGCAUAGUUGGGCUAUGCCACCUCACAGGAGAGAUGCCCAGUGACACCAUAGAUACCCAGCCUAUUGGGAAGGAUAGAUAGCAGAGAAAUACAGUGAGAAUUAGGCUUCCUAGCUAGGACUGGUGCAACAGCCACCCCGGCUGCUUCCUGCUGGUCACCCCCAUGCCAUCUACUGUUCUCCCUUCCCUUAUUUGAUUACAGGUUUUGAUAACAUUAUUCCACCACAAAAUCCAUCUGAGCUCCCUUCCUUUUAUCAGACCCCACAGCAGCUACAUACAAACAUAGCAGAUACCUAAUGCUUGUGCUGACACUCCACACACAGACACACGUAGGUGUACAUGUCCACAUCACAUGUAUAGGUACAUAUACACAAGUCCAGUUGUAUACACGCUCAGACAUGGGCAACUUGCAAAUAUGCAUACACAUACAUACCCACACACCCCUCUCGCCAAGAGGGGUAGGCUUGAUCUUGCUUGAAUGAAGCACUGUAGGGGGAAUGCCUUUCUGAUCUCAAGUCAAAAGGUGACCAAGUUUCAAGGGGUACUGGGAGAAAGAGACAGGGGUCCCAAUAAACCAGGCACUGUUACUCUCUGCUUCCCCCCCACCCUGCCCAAG